CGUCCACCAAGCAGCACGACAUGGACCCUUCGAUAGGUGAAGGCCCCGGUUGAUUUAAAGAAGAAGACCUCAUCAGAAUCCCCGAUCGCGUUCAUUCUCACUAUGGAUAUCGUACAAGCCGUCUCUGGCUACAUCACUAAAAUGGUGUCUGCUGGAGACAGCGCUGCAGGCACCUCCUCCGCGAAGAUGAAGAUUCUCUUGCUGGACAAUGAAACUGUGUCGGUAUUGUCCGCAGCAACAACCCAGUCCGCUCUUCUCAACCAUGAAGUCUACCUUACCGACCGACUAGAUAACCAAAAGCGAGAGAAAAUGCGCCACCUCCGUUGCCUUUGCUUCGUUCGCCCAUCCCCCGAAUCCAUACAGGGUUUGAUUGAAGAGCUCAGGGAGCCCAAGUAUGGAGAGUACAAUAUUUACUUCAGCAACAUCAUAAAGAAAUCCUCUUUAGAAAGACUAGCUGAGGCGGACGAUCAUGAGGUUGUACGUGCGGUACAGGAAUACUUCGCGGAUUUCCUCGUCAUCAAUCCAGACUUGAUGUCCUUAAAUCUAGGGUUUCCCAAUCACAGGAUAUGGAGUACAAGCCCAGACUCAUGGAACACCGACUCUCUGCAAAGGUCGACUGAAGGUGUAAUGGCAUUGCUUCUAGCUCUGAAAAAGAAGGUUUUGAUUCGAUAUCAGAAGAAUAGUCUUCUUUCCAAGAAGCUCGCGACAGAAGUUCGAUACCAUAUGACGCAGGAAGAUCAACUCUUCGACUUCAGAAAGACGGAUACACCACCAAUUCUGCUUAUCGUAGACCGUAGAGACGACCCCGUGACGCCUCUGCUAACCCAGUGGACUUACCAAGCAAUGGUUCAUGAGUUGCUGGGUAUUAAUAAUGGAAGAGUGGAUCUAAGAGAUGUGCCAGACAUCAGACCGGAGCUGAAGGAAGUCGUUCUGUCCCAAGAGCAAGAUCCUUUCUUCAAAAAGAAUAUGUACCUCAACUUUGGUGACCUUGGCCAGAACGCAAAGGACUACGUUGAACAAUUUGCUUCCAAACAACAGGGGACACAAAAGCUUGAAUCGAUCACGGAUAUGAAACGCUUCAUAGAAGACUACCCCGAAUUCCGCAAACUCUCAGGCAAUGUCACGAAGCACGUAACUCUUGUGGGUGAGUUGUCUCGCCGCGUAGGAGAGGACAGUCUGCUGGAUGUGAGCGAGCUAGAACAGAGUCUCGCUUGCACAGACAACCAUUCCAAUGAUGUGAAAAGGCUUCAGCAGAUUAUCCAAAACCCAAAGAUACCCGCCGAUAAUAAGCUCCGCUUGACUGCCAUUUACGCGCUUCGAUACUCUAAACAUGCAUCAAAUUCGACUCCAAUGCUGCUGGAUCUUCUGGGUGUCUCCGGAAAUGUCUCGCGACAUCGCAUCAACCUAAUUACGAAGCUUCUAACCUAUCACAACUCCUUGCAAGUUUCCACUGUUGCCGGGGGUGGAAUGCCAGAUUUAUUCCAGCCUGGAUCUUUCUUUGGAGGAGCGAGAGAUCGCUUCAAGGGACUAAAAGGCGUAGAGAACGUUUACACCCAACACUCUCCCCGAUUAGAAGCUACGCUUCAAGACUUAAUCAAAGGCAGACUCAAUCAGCAGCUAUAUCCAUUUAUUGAAGGUGGCGGCUCAACCAAGGACAAGCCUCAGGAUGUAGUCAUUUUCAUGAUCGGCGGAACUACAUACGAGGAGGCAAAGAUGGUAGCGCAAGUCAACGCUAGCUCGCCCGGCGUUCGCGUGGUCCUCGGAGGCACAGUGGUGCACAAUAGCUCUUCGUUUCUAGAGGAGGUUGAGGAUGCAGUAGGGUCUUGGCCAGAACCCCCCGCAGCUUCAGCUGCGGGUCGACUGAGAAGGGAGGUGGGCAGGUGACCAUUGUGAACAUGCAUUCAAUACGAGCAAAUGAGGCAUUACUGUGUCCUCAAUUGUUAUGCACCCUAGAGCUCGCUGUCAAAGCCCAGUUCGGCAAAGGAUUUUUGGGGUCUCGGUGUGGAAGCGUUCGCGCUUGAUGAUGUCUGCGGCGCAUCCUAGACUCGGGUCUCAGGUAGAUAGCGAAUGCAAUAUUAACGUUCGCAUUUGAGAGCGG